AUGUAUCAGCCAAAGACCCAGAUCGCUGCGAUUGCGUUUGGAGUCAAGGAUUUGAUGCUAAAGGGAUUAUACGAAGAAACUCUGAAUCAUUUUAGAGAAAAGAUUCAUCCUUUUCUACCUCUGUUUUCAAUUUCAUUCAUCCUUCCUUCUAUAAUCAAAGCUUCUUCUCAUUCUCAUGAUUAUCAUCAUGGUUUACAGCUUCAUUCCCUCUCUAUCAAAUCUGGAACCGAUCAAGAUCCAACUGUUUCCAAUUCUCUCCUCACAAUGUACGUCAAAUUUCAAAAUAUCCAAUUCGCACGCAAGAUGUUCGAUACAAUGCCUGAAAGAGAUACCAUCACAUGGAACUCAAUGAUAAAUGGGUACAUCCAAAACAGUCAUUUCCCCGACGGGGUUAAAACCUUCAAGGAGAUGUUCUUCAAUGGUUAUGAACCGAAACCCGAGUUGAUCGCUAGUAUUAUAUCUGUAUGUGCUAGAUGUGAUGCGUUCAACUUGGGAAGAGAGAUUCAUGCUCUAUUGAUUGUAAGUGACUUGAAUCCGGAUUCGUCUUUUGUUUCCACUUCCUUGAUUGAUUUAUACUUUAGAUGUCGAAACUCGAAUAUGGCGAUUCGAGUGUUUGAUUCAAUGGAUGUUAGUAACCGUAAUGAAGCUCCAUGGACUGCUGUAAUUUCAGGAUGUGUAGCUGAUGGUAAGUAUAUGAUGGCUUUGGAUUAUUUUAGGACAAUGCUGAAUGAAGAAGAAGAGAUUAAACCUAAUCGAGUUACGUUAAUCGCAAUCCUACCCGCGUGUUCAAUAAGAAACGGGAAACAGAUUCAUGCGUAUGCUAUUAGAAUUGGUCUUGAUUCGGAUUCGACUAUUGUAUCAUCUCUAAUAAACAUGUAUGGUAAUCAUCUUGAAUUCUUCCCUCAAGCAAGAUCAAUCUUUAACAGAUCGACACAUAAAGAUAUCGUGACAUGGAGUUCAAUCCUAUCAAUCUAUUCUCAAUCGGAAACAACUGUGGAAGAAACGUUUGUUCUUUUCAAACAAAUGCUAAUGAAGGGAAUAAAUCCUAAUUCCGUAACCAUGCUGGCAAUUCUCUCCGCAUGCUCGACUCUCCCGAUUUUAAUCCGGGGCAGCGUUUCCCAUUGUAUGGUAUUGAAAAUGGGGUUCGGUUUUCACCUCUUUAUAAACAAUUCGCUAAUAAACAUGUAUUCAAAAUGCGGGUCUCUUUUAAAUUCGAGACAAGUGUUCGACGAAAUGAUUGAAAAAGAUAAUUUCUCGUGGAGCGCGAUUAUCGGGGCUUACGCUCAACAUGGUUACGGAGAGCAAGCUUUGAUUCUGUACAACGAGAUGGAUGUUAAACCAGAUGAGAUCAUUUAUAUGUCUGUUUUAUCGGCGUGUAAUCAUGUCGAUCUAGUUAAAGAGGGGAGGAAGUUAUUCGAUAGAAUGACAAAUGAGGGUGAAAUAACCUUAACAUUGGAGCAUUAUGCGUGUUAUGUUGAUCUUCUUGGAAAGGCAGGAUUUUUGGAGGAAGCUUGUGAGGUAGUCGAGAAAAUGAGAAUGGAACCGAAUAUGAAGAUAUGGAGUUCUUUGGUUUUGGCUUGUAAGGAUUAUGGAAGGUUGGAGGUUGCGGAAAGAUUGGGAAAGAAGAUUAUCGAGUUGGAACCUGAAAAUGGCAGUUUUUAUACAUUGUUGUGUAUGGUUUAUGCUGAAUUGGGGAAUUGGGUAGCUGUUGAAGAGUUGAGGAAUUGUAUGAGAUUGAGAGGGUUAAAGAAGUGUCAAGGAUUUAGUUGGAUUUGUUAA